UAUUUUUUUGAAAUGGAAAACAAUGAAACUCAAACGGAGAGAUCGCGAUUGCAAAGGGAUUAUAUCAAAAGAACAUCGGAUUCUCAGAAAGCUUUAAUAACCAGCCAAGAUAGCGAAGACUUAACAAUUAAAUCCUGUGAGUUUGAAAUUUUCGGUAUUGUCCACGAUGUUUCUUUUCGACAUUAUACUUUGAGACGGGCUCAAAAGCUUAGCGUUCGCGGAUGGUGCCUCUAUACCCAGCAUCAAACAAUUAAAGGACUAAUACAGGGGUACACAAGAAGCUUCGAGGCUAUGCGUAUUUGGUUAAGAUACACUGGAAGCCCGACUAGCCGUAUUGACAAAUGUGUGUUUGGCCCAACGGAGGAAUUGAAAUAUUUUUCCUACGACGCCUUUACCAUUCUCAACAUUCCAUAUAAAUAACUUUUUGCAACAGUAAUUAAACCGGCUUAUCACAUUCAACCGCCUAGUGUGACCGUUUCAUUGUAUUGGCAAAGAGCAAAUUAUAUGGUGACACUGUGUCAGCAAAGUGCAACGCUGCGUGAUAUAUCAAGUAAACCAAACGGCAUUGCAGUUGAAAUCGUUUCACUCAUCGCGGCCCGUGACCAAACAAUAAAAACAACCUAUUCAAUAGAAUAUUCUGUACAGCAAACAUUUGGAAUAAGCAUUAAAUAAAGUGUGCAUUGAAAUAAAAGCUACAACACAUGAGUGAGCUGAUUGCCACUUUCAACACGCGCAAGACUUUCACUUUUUUGCUAAGAGACGAUAAAUGAAAA